AUGUAUUCAUACAACGCAUUGCUCGCCGUCUUGGCCUCUGGCAGUAUCGUCGCUGCUGCUCCCGAAGGCUGGGGUGACCGCAAUAGAGGCGGAUGGGGCGGCUGGGGCAAUGGCGGAGGAUGGGGCAACGGCGGUGGUGGCGAGUGCAAGGCUUGGGAAACCUCGUCGACAUGCAGUGCCGUCUACACUACCAAGACCGGAACCCUCACCAAGCCCGAGCAGACUGUGAUUGUCACGACGAGCUACAAGCCCGAGACUGUUACAGUAACUUCAGCCAGCACUUCUUACGCUACUUCUUACUCCACCAUCACAUCGACGAAGACCAAGUAUGAAACGGAGACGAAGACCAUCCCAUACAAGUCAGAGAGCUCUACUGUCAUCUGCUACACCAAGCCGGUCUGGAUCUGGACGCAGAGUACCUCACUAUACACGAGCACUGAGACCUACCCAGAAACCUCCAUGAGCGAAUGUGUCUCGACUGUUGUCACAGAGAUUCCAAGUGUUUACACCACGAGCACACCAUGCCCUGAAAGCUAUACUAGUACCUGGGUCAAGACUUACUAUUCGACCGAAACCGAUCUCGUAUCGAGCAAAUGUUCUACGACUUCGACCUGCAAAUCUACUUCCUCCUCAACGCCAUCGCCGUGGAAGUACAGCUCGACGAGCACGACCUCAUCAACGCCGAAGCCACCGCCCUAUAGUACACCUUCGACUACUUCAUCAACGAGCAGUAAGCCAAGCAUUACACCUUACAGUACGAGUUCCCAGCCAGCUCCAUAUUCAUACAGCAAGCCUACCCCGCCCAUCUACAACACAACCACUUCUCAUAGCGCCACUUCGACCUCGAGCCAGCCGUGGAAAUAUACCUCCAGCUCUUCGUCUAGCAGCAAAGUUUCGCCACCUCCCUAUAGCUCUAGUUCGCCAUCACUAUCGAAAUACAGCGCAUCAUCUACUUCGACAUCGUCGUCGAGCAAGGCCUCGCCUCCUCCAUAUAGUUCGACAUCAUCAUCAAGCAAGAUCUCGCCUCCUCCGUACACUUCGACAUCAUCCUCAAGCAAGGUAUCACCUCCUCCGUACACUUCUAGCUCACCAUCAUGGUCGAAGUACACCUCUACAUCUACCUCAUCUUCUCUCAGCAAGACCUCACCACCUCCCUAUACGUCCAGUGGACCUCCAAGCUACGGGUCAUCCUCUACUUCAAGCACGAGCUCGAGUCCUUCUGCCUCGGGAUAUCAUAGCUCAUCCACACCAUCUGGUCCUGCUUCAUACACCCCACCGGCGACAAGUUCAAAAUCCAGCUCCACUCCAUCACCACCCGGCUACACAGCACCAACCACAUCGUCUUCUCCAGCCAAGAGUUCGACCUCAAGCGCACCGUCAGGCCCACCAGUCUAUUCGACACCAACCACAUCGGCCAAGAUAUUCAGCACCACUCCUGCUGGACCUCCCGCGUACUCUUCUCCAAGUAGCACACCCAUAAUCAGCUCGUAUGGAUCCAGCUCCUCUGCACCGGCUAUCAGCUCGUAUGGAUCCAGCUCUUCUGCACCAGCCAUUAGCUCCUAUGGAUCCAGUACCUCUGCAGUCAAACCCUCGGGAUACUACGCGUAA